AUGGAGAAUGUACUCGCAGGAAGUUUCCAGAUGAAACGACUGGUAUUCGCCGGCUACGUCUUGCAAGGUGGACAGGUCCAAAUUGAUGUGUCGAAGCUUGAAGCGCGUAAUGCGUGGAUCGGAUCGGAGCCGAGAGGUACCACCGCACCGCUCGUAUGCAAGCACCUGUGGACAGCAAUGCGAAUCGCUUCCCCAAUCUACGCGAGUUCAGUAUCGCACAUGAAGACUCUUUCAGAUGAAGACUCUUUCAAGAUGAAGACGCCGAUGCAGGCGAAGCUCAGCUCAGCUCAGCUCAGCUCGGAGAAAAAGACAGCAAAGCACAGCUCGUGGCAGACAUGA